AAAAGAUAAAAUAAUUGUAGUAAACAUCCUGCUGACCAUAAGAAGUUUUCUAUUGUAAGACGGGAUUGUAGUUUUGUUGCCAAGGAAAAAUCAGCACAAUUAAAAUUAGUAUUAAUAGUGAAGUAGAUGCAGCUGCUUAAAGCCACACUAAUUAUAAAUAGAGAUGUUUAAAAAGAGGCAGUAUUUGCCUCAAGCAAGAAGGAAGUAUUUGGCUGUAUAAAGACACUAGAGAGUAACAUAAGCGGACCAGAAUGUCUGGGCGUGGUAAGAAACAUCCAAAGCCUGCAUUGCCUGCUAGAAUGACCAAGUCAAAAAAAUCCGGCUUGCAGUUUUCUGUGUCCCGAAUUCAGCGGUACCUAAGACAGGGUCAUUAUGCCGAAAGAAUAAGUCCAGGAGCCUCAGUGUACCUGGCUGCAGUCUUGGAAUAUCUGACUGCAGAGGUCAUGGAAUUAUCUGGGAAUGCUGCUCAUCAGAACAAGAAGCAGCGGAUUGGUCCACGCCAUAUCCAGCUGGCAAUAAGGAAUGAUGAAGAGUUGAACAAGUUGUUUACAAAUGUGACAAUUCCUGAAGGAGGAGUUCUCCCCAACAUCCAAGCCCCACUUCUUCCUAAGAAAACAGCACAGUUUAAAGAAGCCAAAGAGGAUGGUCAGUCCCAGGAAUUCUGAAACAUUCUACAUUUUAUCUUGCAAGAACAGACUCUGCUAAAAGGAAAAGACUGGAAAUUGGUUCCGUUUGUAGCAGUUUCCACUGGUUAUCCCCCAAUUAUAUAUAGGGCACACAGUCCUCAAAAGAGGAACAAUGUCCACCUAGCUCUAAUAUAAAUGGCUUUUACUCCUGAAUGGGGCAGAGAACUAGUGGCACAUACCUUUCUAUUUCCAUAGACUAAAUAUUAGUGAUCAUCAUUUAUAGUGUUGUGGGAAUCUUGUUGCAGAAAGCAUAGAUGAUGUCUUAUGUUAACCUGGCUAUCCUCAGGUUGACACUCUUCAGAUAUGUAAUUCUUCAAACUCACAACUUAAGUGGUUUUUUCCUGUUUUUUCAACAGUAAGUAAAAUGGUAUUGGCAAAACCAUUUUGAUAUUCAUCAAAAUGUUGCCUCCAGA